UUUAUUUAUGAACUCGUGCACGUGCGUGGAAUCUACCUGCUGUUGUCAGCGGUUACUAACGGCUGAACCGGUUGAGUUUAAGAAACGAAAUUAUAGAUAUUACAGAUUGAAAUGCAAUGAAUAAUUUGUCCUAUGAAAUGUGUUUACUGUCGUGAAUAUGGCCGACAGUGCCUUGCGGUGACAGUUGGCUACCUAGAACCACAUAAACACACAGGUAUCAUCAGUUAAUUUAGCUGGUCGGCACUUAAAUCUGCGUAAUGGCCGUUGUCUCCUCUCUGCUGUGCUCAUCAGCUCGUCUCGCUUCGCCUUCUCGGUUACGACUUCGGGAGCUCGCCGUCUGCAAACGGAUAACGUGGCUCUCCGUGUCCGUCCAACGUUGUUACACGUCGGACACUUCAAACUCAUCAGUCGAUCAUCUCAGCUCUGGACUUGAGAGCUACAGGGACUUGCAGAAGUGUUUCAAGAGGAGACUGAAGGCUAUAUACCGCAGGUUCUCCAACAUACCUGAUUAUUCAGUGGUGCUUGGCCAUUAUCAUGUGUAUUUCACUGAAGAUGAUGGCAUCUACAGAAUGGACAAGAGACACAGAGAUCUGGAGCCUGAGCAGGUCCUAAAUCUACAACAAGUCUCUGGAGGACAGGAGAAGACAGGACUUAAUAAUGGAGAGAGGAAGCAGAGGCUUCAUUGGACCGUCCAGAGAAUACGUUUGUCCCCACAGGAAAAGCAUCUUGCUGCCACGCUGAAAACUAAUCACAGAGAAGAGCCAAGGUGUGUGGUUGUAAGGCUUAAAAGAAGAAUUUCCCCUCCUUUGGAUCCCCCACACAUUCUACUCACACUGGACGAUGUCUUCAGUUUUGAGUGGGCCACAGAUGAGACCCUGUUUUACACGACUCUUGAGGGUCUGCGUUGCAGCAGAGUUUUUCGUCUGGACCUGACCUCCAGUGGAAGCAGGAUAACAUCUGUGUAUGAGGAAACACGGCCUGAUGUGUUUGUGGAGGUUGCCCUUUCCAGAGACCGACAGAUACUGAGCAUCAACUGCAACACCAGGACCACCUCAGAGGUGCUGCUAAUUGAUACAACAACACCCAAUUUAGAGCCUUUCCUGGUUCAGCCACGCCAGCUUGACCUCCUGUACCACGUUGAACACUGGAGAAGGUGGCUGAUCAUACUGGCUAAUACAGGGCCUGGACAGGAAUAUCAGGUGGUACAAGCCCCUCUCUCAGAGCCAUUCAUGGUCUCCUGGGUCUCAUUGUUUGCCCCUGGCCCUGGCAGCGUUAUCAAAGACAUGGACUUGGUUGGAGACCACUGUGUGUUGGCUGCAAGAACACCAGCCCAUGAACUUGUCCUGAUUGUGGUCCCACUGACUCAUCCCAAGAAAGCAUACACUGUACAGCUCCCCUCCUGGGCGUGUGCCAUUGAAACCAAGAAACCAAGCUUGGCAGACCAACGCAAAGUGUUAGAAUUCCUGAUUUCAUCUCCAGUCCACCCACCAGUGCCCUACUGUCUGUACCCCGAGGAUGGGCGCCUUGUAUCAGGCAGUGAAGAUGGGUCCUCCCUAGAGAACCAGAGCAAUUAUACCACCACGCGCUUAGAGGCCUGCAGCCAAGAUGGUACCCUGGUGCCAGUGACACUGUUUCAUGCAGUACCUGUGGAGGGUUUGAGACAGGCGCCACUGCUGGCCCAUGUCUACGGAGCUUAUGGCAGAGAUCUCCACAUGGAGUUCUGCCCAGAGAAAAGGCUGCUGUUGGAGCAAGGCUGGGCUCUGGCCUACUGCCACAUCAGAGGUGGAGGAGAGCGGGGUCUGUCCUGGCAUAGACAAGCUCGUGAGGAGGGGAAGCACAAAGGAGUGGAGGACCUUCAAGCCUGUCUCCAACAGCUCUUCUCCUUGGGAGUCUCCUCUCCUUCACUCACUGCCAUUACAGCCUGCAGUGCUGGGGCUGUGCCAGUGGGAGCACUGUGCAACAAACACCCAUACAUGAUGCGAGCUGUCACACUGCAGGCUCCUUUCCUGGAUGUGUUGGGAACAAUGGAGGAUCCCAGCCUGCCUCUAACCUUGGAGGAUAGAGAAGAAUGGGGGGACCCUGAAUCGAACCCAAAACACAGACUUACCAUCACCUCCUACUGUCCUCUUCACAACAUUACUCCUCAGCGCUACCCAUCGAUGCUGCUGUCGGCCUACAGCGGUGAUGCCAGGAUUCCUUUGGCAGGUGUCCUCAAAUACACUGAACAGCUAAAGAAAGCCAUUCAUACACACUUCAUCAUGAGUCCAAAGUCAGAAUGUAAACCAGCACCAAAAAUAGUUCUGAAUAUUCAACCUGGAGCAAAUCACCUCGGACAAGAAGACUUGGAGUGGAUGCUGAAGGAGGAAGCCCUCAACCUAUCUUUUCUAUACACGGAGCUGGGCCUGGACCCCCCUCAGCCUCAACGCAAGAGGAAGAGAUAGCAAGGCUAUCAAGAGGCAGUCGGGCACCAAACGACAAUGACCUUAACAUCUACCAUUACAACCAUGACAACUAGGUUGACACAAUGGUUGCCAGAUCUUGAACAAUCCCAGUGAAAGAGAAGACACAUCAACAGUGAAUGUAUCCACAAUGAUCCUCUUUAAUGUAUGACAUAAAUCCCUUACAGACAAGACACUAAAGAAGAAUCUCGAAGAUUGGAUUGCUACUGUGAAACUGUGCUAACUGAAUACCGUUGUCCAUUCAUAUCAGCAUUUAUAAAGUAUGUCCAUGGCCCCCAAAUAGCAGGCCUUUUCAGACACGUAGCACUGUUUGGGGUGGUUUGGAUUAAACCGAGUGUGAGUGGAGUACUGAAUCACCAAACCCUCUCCUGCUUCUGUCAGGAUACGAGACUUUUGCAACACUUUUCCAUCGUUGACUUGCUUUGUGCUCAUCAGCACUUUCAAUUGGUCUGGUAACUCAUGAAUAGAGGAGAGAUCUGUGAUGGCAGAUUCUUUGCCAAAGUUAAGCACCAUGAGGAAAGCUUGGUCAAGCCCGUCAAGCUCUCUGAGGUAAGAGAAGACACUGGCAUCAGCAUGGAUGUAGCAGAACCACCCACGUUGAAGGGGGAGCUCUGACUGACGCAGGUUGUUCAGUAAACGGUACUGAGCCAGAACAGAGCCUUCAUCUUUCUUCUGGACCUAGAAGAGAGAGGGUGGCAAUGGGAUACUUGAUCUAAAAUAGUAUAAAGACAAGCAAGCCCUGGCCAGAUGUUCCUCCCGAGCUGAACAGUACUAAAAGAGUUCUGUACCUCCACAUUGACGCUUCUGUAGUUUGGGUGUACAGGCAACCAGGUGAUGUUGGUUUUGUUGUUAAAGUCUGCAUUCAUGUCACUGCUCCACUGCAUUGGAGAUCGCUGAGGGUCCCGACUAGCACUCUGCAGUGAAAGGACAGCAAUAAUUUUGGCACUUCAGCUUCUUCCAACAAUGUGCAAUUAGACACUGAAUACACAUUGGCACACUUUAAUGCAUGUACAUUCAGUUACAAGUUUAUUAGGUAAACCAGGAUAAAACUAAUGCAGUGUAACAUACAACAAACUAGUAAUAAAUCCUACCUUUGUGAAGAUA